AUGGACGUCAAGCAGGAUAACGGCGAGCAUGGAGCGCAGUGGCAGCGCGCCUGGUCCGGCCCCGCGGGCCUGCGGGUGAUGGUAGUCGACGACGACCCUCUGUGCCUGAGGGUGGUGGAGCAGAUGCUGAAGCGCUGCACCUACGACGUCCAUACCUGCACCAACGCGGCAUCGGCGCUGCAGCUGCUGCGAGAGAAGCGCCAUGGCUUUGACCUGGUGCUGUCCGAUGUGUACAUGCCCGUGAUGUCAUCCAAUGGGGAGCAUGGCACAGUCCUACGCGGCGUCACCCACGGCGCCUGCGACUUCCUCAUCAAGCCCGUGAGGAUAGAGGAGCUGCGAAACAUAUGGCAGCACGUCAUACGCCGCCACAGGGCCUGGGUGCCGGACGGGGACAAGGAGGAGGCGGGGGGCGACGCCGCCAUGGAGGGGGAGACGCCCUCCAAGAAGCGCAAAGACAAGGAGGCGGCCGGCAGGGACGGCAGCUGCUCCGGCGGCGAGCGCGAGGAGGAGGGCAGCAGCUCCAAGAAGCCGCGCGUGGUGUGGAGCGUGGAGAUGCACCAGCAGUUUGUGGCGGCCGUCAACCAGCUCGGUAUAGACAAGGCAGUGCCGAAAAAAAUCCUUGAGCUGAUGAGCGUCGAGGGGCUGACGCGUGAGAACGUGGCCAGCCACCUGCAGAAGUACAGGCUGUACCUCAGGAGGGUCCAGGCGGUGGCUGCGGAGGGCGGCGUCGCGCCCACCAUGCAGCUUGGCCCCAGCGGCGUCGGCGGCGCCGGCUCGCGGCCCAGCGUGCUGAAGCAGAGCGCGGUGGCGGCGGUCGCGGCGGCGGCGGCCGCGGGCGCGGCCGCGCAGAGCAGCGGCGGCGAGGCCCCGACGCCGGUCUCGCCGCCGUCGCAGCAGCAGCAGGUGGCCGGCGCGGGCGUGCCCCACCCGCAGCAGCCGCAGCCGCCGCAGACCAACCACCACCAUCCGCAGCAGCAGCAGCAACCCGCUAUCAAGGACGAGCGCGGCCCGACGCAGCAGCAGCAGCUGCAGCGAUCUGUCAGUGUUGGCGCGUCGGCGGCAGCCGCGCCUCUGCCUGGCACGGGCCCGCAGGACCCAGCGGCGGCGGCGGCGGCCGCGGCGGCGGCUGCGGCGGCCGCGGCGAGCAUGAUGGGCGCGCCAGCGCCGGGUUUGGGCGGGCCGGCGGUUGUGCAGGGAGCUAUGGGCUUGAACCCUAUGGCGAUGAUGGGUCUUGGGCCCAUGGGCAUGCAGGCGCAGAUGGGCAUGGCUGGGAUGAGUCAGCUGAUGGCCGGCGGCGUGGGCUCCAUGGGGAUGCCUGCAGCGCUCGGCGGCGCCGGCAUGGGCGGCGGCCCGAUGGGGCUGGCCGGCUUGCCAGGGGGUUUGACCAGCAUGGGCAGUGACCCUUCGCAAAUGCUCUCGUUGAUGGCGGGGAUGGCGAUGUACCAGCACGCGCAGCACGCGGCGCUGCAGCAGGCGCAGCAGCAGCAGCUCGCGGCGCAGCAGCAGGCGCAGCAGCAGCAGCAGCAGCCACCGCUGGCGCACCUACAGCAGGCGCACCACCUGCAGCAGCUCAACGGCCGCCACAUGGCGGCGCAGGGGCAGCAGCAGCAGCAGCAGCAGCAGCAGCAGCAGCAGCAGCAGCAGCAGCAGCAGCAGCAGCAGCCAGCGUUUGGCGGCGACGCCGCCGUCUCAAUGGAGGCCAACGACUUUGCCAGCGUGUUCGACGACCACUUUGGCCUGCCCCGCAGCGGCGUCGCAGGCGUCACCGGCGUCACCGGCGUCACCGGCCUCGGGCCGGGCCGCGGCGAGGGUGACGUCGGAGAGUUCCUUGAUUACUUCUUGAAACCCUGA